CCAAUCCCAUUGUCUCCAUUCCCCUUCACAAUCUCUACUUUUAUGAAGAAAAUUGUUUAUUUGGAUUGCCAUAGGCUUGUAACACUAACUAUAUACAUUCUAAUUAGCACAAAUCUGAUGUAACUUACAUCCACUAAACCAUUUCCACCGCUUCACCUAGCUCAACACCGCCAUUGAUCGUUGCGACUUACAACCCAAAUGGGCGGCAAGGACAAAAGUUUGGUGUCGAACGCCUGUGCCCUCUCCUCCCUCCACCUGCUUUUCCUCUCACUCUUCUUGUUCUCCUCCGGAAUCCCUUGCAUUGCCCAAGGGGACAAUUCUUCUUCUUUUUCUUCUUCCUCCUUUCCUUUACCUUCUAAAUACAUACCACCUGAAAAUUAUCUCAUCAAUUGUGGGUCUCCUGUAAACACCCUUCUUGAUGAUGGUAGAACCUUCAUGUCUGAUCCCGAAUCAUCCUCGUUCCUGUCCACUGACGAAAACCUAUCAACUUCUGUUGAUUCUCUCUCUCUCUUCUUCUUCUCCUUCAGUUGAUUCCCUUCCUUUAUAUCUUACAGCAAGAAUCUUCCAAAUGAAUCAACGUACAAAUUCCCCAUCUUCAAACCAGGCUGCCAUUGGCUACGCCUUUACUUCCACCCGCUACCCAACCAAAAAUACAAUCUCUUAACCGCUGUCUUCAGUGUCGACACCGCUGAUACCACUGUUGUAUUGAACCAAUUUUCAGUGGAAAACAACACUACAAUGGUUUUCAAAGAAUACCUCAUCAACAUCUCAUCUAAUGGACUCUACCUCAAGUUCUCUCCAAUCGGGAAUUCAUUCGCCUUCAUCAAUGCCAUCGAACUUAUCUCAGCUCCCGACGGUCUUAUACCCGAUUCUAGCAAUGCACUUGAAGUAUCAUAUCGGUUGAAUGUGGGAGGACCGAAUAUCACUCCUCAAAAUGAUACCCUGUGGAGGACUUGGUUACCUGACACCCAGUUCAUGGAAUUUCCAGAAGGAGCUAAGGAUGUAUCUGUGGCUCCGAAUAUCAUCAAAUACUCGGCAGGUGGCGAAGCAACACCUUUUAUUGCUCCCAAUUGGGUAUACGCCACAGCUGAGGAGAUGGCAGAUCCCGGCGUGGCUGAUGCCAACUUCAACCUCACUUGGGUUUUUCCUGUUGAUCCAAGUUUCUCUUACUUGAUCAGAAUGCACUUUUGUGAUAUUGUGAGUACAUCCCUUGAUGAAUUACAUUUCAAUGUCUAUGUCAAUGGGAUUAUGGGGGUGUCAAAUCUUGACCUCUCUACCCUCACCUUUGGCCUUGCCAUCCCUUACUAUAAAGAUUUUGUGGUGAAUGCCUCUACCAUUUCAAACAGUUCCAUAAUGGUUCAAGUGGGCCCUGCUUCUGAUCUUUCCUCAACCCUCCCAAAUGCUAUUCUCAAUGGCCUUGAGGUCAUGAAAAUGAGCAAUUCUGCUGGAAGCCUAGAUGGGUCAUUCUCUUCCAAUGGAAAAUACGAAAGUCCUAAAUCAGGACAAAGUAAAACCCGCAUUGCUGCAAUUUUCGCGUUGGCAAUGGGGGCAACAUCAAUUUUGUUGCUUGUAAUUGGCGUGUCUUGGUGGCAAAGGAGGCCUAAAGAUGAGAAGAGAGGCAGCUUCUCAUCUUGGCUCCUUCCUCUCAAUUCCACCCAAUUUAGUUUCUCGUCAAUGAAGAGCAAGUCUAGCUAUUCAAGUGAUAAGUCUUCUAAAACUGGUUUCAGUUUUAUUUUUGCUGACCUAUGCAAUGCAACGAAUAAGUUUGAUGAUAGUAAAGUUAUCCGGAUUGGAGGGUUUGGAAAGGUGUAUCUUGGGGAGUCACAAAAUGGGACAAAGAUUGCGAUAAAGCGUGGAAAUGCUAGUUCAUCACAAGCGAUAAACGAAUUCCAGACAGAGAUACAAAUCCUUUCCAAGGUACGCCACCGCCACCUUGUUUCCCUAAUUGGUUACUGCGAUGAACAGUCAGAAAUGAUCCUUGUCUACGAGUACAUGUCCAAUGGCCGUCUCCGCGACCACCUCUAUGGAAAAAGAUGUAUACAGUCUCCUUUAACUUGGACACAACGGCUUGAGAUUUGCAUCGGUACAGCUAGGGGUUUGCACUAUCUCCACAUGGGACCCUCACAGGGGAUAAUCCACCGUGAUGUGAAAACCACAAACAUUCUCCUAGAUGAGAACUUUGCCGCCAAAGUCUCUGAUUUCGGCUUGUCAAAAGAUGCACCUUCUUUGGAACAAACCCACGUUAGCACGGCUGUGAAGGGCAGUUUCAGGUAUCUUGAUCAUGAGUACUUCAGAAAGCAACAACUGACUGAGAAAUCAGAUGUUUACUCUUUCGGGAUGGUCUUGUUUGAGGUUUUAUGUGCUAGGCCUGCUUUAGACCCAUCACUGCCAAGAGCUCAGGUGAGUUUGGCUGAAUGGGCAAUGGAACAGAAUAAGAAGGGGUUGAUCGAGAAGAUCAUUGAUCCUCAUCUUGUGGGUGCGAUUAGGUCAGAAUCAUUGAUGAAGUACGCGGAAGUGGCUGAGAAAUGUGUGGCAGAUUAUGGGGUUGAUAGACCUUCCAUGGGAGAAGUGUUGUGGAACUUGGACUCUGCUUUGCAGAUUCAAGAGGCAUCAUCAAAGCUUGAUUAUACCGAAAAUGGUAACAGUGAGGAGCUCAUCGGUUUGAGCUCAUCAAGCAAAAGGGAUACCGAAGGAGAUCCGACUCUUGAAAUCAGUGAUGAUUCUAGGGUAGUUGUUGGUUCUCCUAUGCUUUUGAAAGAUUUCGAAGGGAGGUAAAAGUGAGUCACAACAAGAUUUGGGUUACUUGUUCAUUCACAAAACAUUUUUUGUUUGAAGUACAUAGGUAAAAUAAUGGGGUUACUUGUAUCUUCUUUUUCUUUUUCAUUUUUUUCA